GAUUUUCGCUGGUGCUUCGCUUGAUUCUCGGGUGUGUUUUUGUGUUUGUGCGAAGGCGCGCGCGUGUGUGUACGUGCGUGUGAGAUAGAAAGAAGCCGCAAAGGAAAAACCGUUUCUUGGAAAUCUUAUCAAUGAGUUUUUAGCUGGUGGCACAGUAGGAAAAUGCUAACGCAUUUUACAGCUCUUCUUCGCUUGUAGUUCGCUGCAGUUCUCGUCGCCGUUGCUGUCUGUUGUUGGUGCUGCAGAAGUUAUUUGUUUGUGUGUGUGUCGACAGCGUCUUUGCUACCACGCCCACACUCACAACAGACACACGUACACAGCAUGGCAGCCACAGUGUACAAACGCCUACACAGCGGCGGCAGCCUCCUCGCCUCCACAACGUCGCCCGCCCCCAUAGGCGGAACGUCACCCAUGCUGGGGCACUCGCAGCUGACGCGCUCGCUGGAGCGAAUCCUCGAGGAGGCACACUUUAGCGGCGAAUUGAUACUGACCAAUCGCAAGCUGAAGGAUUUUCCCAAAACGGGUGCCAAGUUCGCUCUCACGGAUACCGUUAUUGCAGAUCUGUCCCGAAAUAGAUUCUGUGAGCUGCCCGAGGAGAUCACAACGUUUGCUUUUCUGGAGACGCUGAUGCUCUAUCAUAACACCAUACGCAGCAUACCGGAGUCCGUGAAGCAGCUGUCCUCGCUGACUUAUUUGGAUCUGCGUAGCAAUCAGCUGAGCUCGUUGCCACGCGAGAUUUGCUUUUUGCCCCUCCAAGUGCUGCUCGUCUCGAACAAUCGCUUGGCCUCGCUGCCCGACGAGCUGGGCCGCUUGGAUCAGACGCUCACCGAUCUGGACGCCUCCUACAAUCAGCUGACCGCCCUGCCCGUUCGCCUAGGCGAACUGCGCUCGCUGCGCGCCCUCUCGCUGCGCAGCAAUCAGCUGCUCUAUCUGCCGCGCGAGGUCACCUGCCUGAGCCUGGUCUCGCUGGACGUGAGCAACAAUCGCAUAGCCGCGCUGCCUCUGGAGAUACGGCACAUGAGCACGCUGGUGGAGCUGCAGCUGGAGAACAAUCCUCUGACCUCGCCACCGGCCAGCCUCUGCAUGCGAGGCCUGGUGCACGUGUUCAAGUAUCUGGAGACGCAGGCAACCAAGGAGGAGAAAGGCGCCCGGGCAGGUGGCAAUUAUGACGGCUACACGACAUUGCGACGUGCGCCGCGUCACAAUUCCAGCGGCAACAUGCUGGAGACGACGUCCACGCAACGGCAUGCGAUGCGACACCAAAUCGACUCGGGCUAUAGCACCAGCGAUGGACUGGACAAGCGCUGGUCGCACGAUGCGCCCGGCAAGUCGAAGACUGACUCGCCGCUGCAUUGUGCCACGCUGCCUCGCACGAUGCCCUCCAACAGCAGCAAUCAGCAGCCGCAGCAGCAGCAGCCGCAGCAGCCGCAACAGCAACAGUUGCUGAUGGAUGCGUCGCUCACCUCCAGCACCAGCACCAUUGUGGAUGAGAGUCUCACUCUGAGCGCUGGCGUCUCGCCUGCCUCCUCGCCCUGCAAGCGUUCAAUCGAGCACAUUGGCUACGCACACUCGAACAGCUCCAGCAACGGCUCGUCGCCGGAUCAGGACGAGGAUCUGAUGCUGGAUCACCAUCAAGAGCGCACCAAUGGCAAGUCAAGCAAGAGUCUCAACAAUAUACAGACCUAUAAGGAAUACAAGGAUGCCUUGAAGCAGCAGCGCAAUCAGGAGAUCAGCGUCUAUAAGCAAAAGCAUCCCAAUGCAAACUCGAGUCCCAACGAGGAGGAGCUGCCACGUCUCACCAAUGGCACCGCAACGGCCACCCUGCCCAAGUCGAUUAUGAAGCAGCCCAGCAGCAACGGCAAUGGCCACAGCAAUGGCAAUGGCAUCGAUGAUGUGGUCAUACCAAAGAAACCUAUACAAAAGGUGAUUCCAUCACGCAACACGGAACUGAUGUCAUCGUCCGUUAAAUCGCCAGCCGAGGGCAACGGCUCAAAUUGCGUGGGCUACGUAAAGCCUCACAGUCCACUCAAGAACGGCAUUGGGGUGCUCACGAAUAGCAACAACAAUGGCUGCACCACCAAAUUCAAUGGCAGUGGCAGUGGUGCAGGUGCUGCUAGUGCUGCUGGCGGCAAUGCCAUCAAGUCACCUGUUAGCAAUACCAGCAAGUUGGGCAACGUCAAGUCAGCACGCACAGUCACCUGGAAUCAUGAUAUACCUGCCGAGAAGCUGAGCUUCACCAUGCGACGAGAAUUCGAUCGACAGCGCGAGGAAACCGAACUGAUGUCACAGCUGCGCAGCAUCAUUGAAACGCGUCUGAAGAUGACGCUGCCGGAGGACAUUGCAUCGGCACUGACUGACGGCGUCAUACUCUGCCAUUUGGCCAACUACGUGCGCCCGCGCUCUGUGGCCAGCAUACAUGUGCCAUCGCCCGGUGUGAACAAACUGUCCAUGGCACGCUGUCGUCGCAAUGUGGACAAUUUCUUGGAGGCCUGUCGUCGCAUUGGCGUAGAUGAGGAGUUGAUUUGCUCCUGUGCAGACGUUGUGCCACAACAAAACGAACAACCACGCGCUGAUGAUGACUAUGACGCUGAUGUGUAUGUCAAUGAUAAAGACAGCAGCUAUAGGAACAGCAACAGCAGCGCCAGUGGCAGCAGCAGCAACAACAAUAACAUUGAUACUAUUGCUGGCGGCCGGCAGCAAGUGCCAAAUGCAGUUGCCCUAUUGCGCACAGUGGCCGCUUUGAUUGCGCUCGAUGCGAAUCCACAUCAUCAGCAUAUGCGCUGCCUGCAACAGCAGGAACAGUUGCAGCUAAAGUUGCAACAGUUGCAGCUAGAGCAAGAGCAACAGCAACAGCAACAGCAGCAGCAACAGCAACAGCCAGAGCAAGCACAAAACUCCUGCACCAAACAGCCAGAACAGAUGUUGCAGCAACUAGAUAAUGUUAUGUAUGAGAAUUGUGUGGAGGCGCAUAUGUCUGAUGAUGAUGUCACACUAGCGACAGCAACCUGUAUGCUCUACGAGCGACCAAAGCCACAGCAACUGGGCGCAAUGGGCCAGCUGCUGCGCACAGCCAAACUGAAGACCUAUGAGAAGAUCAAGCACAAUCUGUUGAAUGUGCAUGGCCAAAAUAGUUUUCAAUUGAACAACAACAAUCGCAUGCUGCAAACGAUUGUCGAAAGCGAGCACGACGUGGCCGCCGCUGGACCGGCUGGUCACUAUCAUCUAAUUGACGAGAAGCAGCAGCAGCAACCGCAGCAGCAGCAACAGCAGCAACAGCAACAGCAACAGCAGCAGCAACAACAGCAACAACAGCAACAGCCAAAGGAGGAGAAGCCGUUUACAGUAAAGUCUCUAGCUAAGCGCAUAGAGUUCUUCGAGCAGCAGCCCAAACUGGAGGUCUUCAGCAUCUAUCGCAUAGACGAACCGCAGGCGCAACAGUCGCAACUGAAGCAGCUAAAGCAACACGAAGCUGGAACUUCGUUGCUAAAGCACGACUCGCACACACUCACGAUCAUAUUGUCGUGCGUUUUCAUAGUCACCUUCCUCUGGCUGAAUCUAAUUUGCUGCGCUGCCGAUGUGCUUGAGGGCAAAGGUGCCGUCCAGGUGUCAAUUACGGUGGGUGAACUAUUUCGAUUGCAUGGCAGCGGUCUAGUGGAGCACAGCAGCGGCGGCAGUGGUGCAGCCACGCCCACAAAAUCACCAACCAGAACAACAACACGUGCCACAUUGUCACCAACGCCCCUAGUCUAGAAGGAAGCGGGAAGUGAAGUGAAAGUGACAGCAGCAGCUGAGUGUGCAGGAAGCUUCCUUUUGAUGCUGCCCACGCAGAGAGGGAGACGUGAACCAAAUGGAUAAAAUACUUUUUGAAACUUUUUUGGCAGAAUAUAAUAUAAAUAGUAAACACACUCAGAGACGACACACACACACACAAACGGGUUUCCUGCAGAACUUUGAAGAGUUGUAGCCAACAGUUAGUAGUUACAUUUAUUAUGUCAUAUGCUUUGUUAAACUUCAUUUAGGCGUGUAGUUUAUUUAUUUAUGUAAAUACAACAUAUACAAACACAUAACAUACAUACACACACAGCACAAUACAAUGAAACCAAAAAAGAAAAACAACAAGAAACAUGAAACAAACAAACAGACAUAAACCAACGAAUUUGAGUUAGUCACAAGGAAAUAUUUAUUAAAAUUUAUCAUAUGAAUUUAUCUACUCACACACUCACACACACAUACAUACAUAUAUGUAUAUUAAUAGUUUGUAAAGUGCAUCUCAAACUGUAUGCCAUUUGUUUCUGUUAUAUAUUUAAUUGCGGUUUGUCUACUCAACUUUGGCCAAAAUUAAAUGAAAUACUGUUUUAAGUAUGAAGCAUUCAUUAU